CUCCUGCACUUCGUUCUGCGUUCCAUCGGCAUUGCCAUCCCCCAGCCCAGCUCCAGCAUCCCGGUCCUGCUCGCCAUGAGUCUCGUCUCGACAAAGCCCGAGGUCCGCUUCCCCUGGAAGUAUACCGACCCCCACACUCUCUACCACAACCAGCAUUUGCUUCCCAAGCACAGCGCCCCGCAUGAGCCACAGCAGCCUUCGUCCAGGCCAAAUGCAAGGAAAUCCGCCGUCCCUGUGGGCCUGGUCCAGCCCAUCGACCGCUCCUCGAUUCCGUUCAAGUCCUACAAGUUUCCCACCGCCGUUCUUGCCCACAUCCUGUCCUAUCUCUCGGGAUCGAGGCACGAGCGCAACCAGAUGCUUGUGACCUGCAUGGUGGUUUCCCGCCAGUGGCAUAUGGCUGCGUCGCAGGAACUCUACCGGGAUCUGCGCUUUAUCGGCUACCUCUCGCACGUCUGCCUCGAAAGCGUCCUGCGCACCCUCUCCAACUUCUCUGUCCCUGGGUCCGUCUCCAACAGCGGCUAUGCCCGCUUCAUCAAGGUACUCCACAUCAACCAGAUCGCCGACGAAGAGCCGCUCAAGUCCCGAUUCAAUUCCUGGACACUGGUCAAGCAGCUCCUGUCGCACUGCUCCAACUCGCUCGAGUUCCUGCUGCUUUCCGCCGUCGACGACAGCUUCCAGAGCAUGUCCGACGCCGGCUUGGAGUCGUCUCUGGUCUUCCCCAAGCUCCGGACUUUCCAAGUCUCGGCCAAGUGCAUCAAGUUUUCCGAAUCCUUCAUACUGGACCUGCUGCGCAAGGCCCCCAAUCUCGAGAACCUGCAUCUGCCAUACUGCCUGCCCGAGCUGAGCUCAACCAUGUGGUGGUGGAUCGCCGAGCGCGGCCCGCUCCUCAAGACCUUGGUUGUUCCCCCGGCCCACGGUACCCAGGACACAUUCAACCCCAACGUCUACCAAGCCGGUCUGCUGGCCGUCGUGGAGCAGUGCCCAAACCUGUCCAUCCUCAACGUCUCCAACCACAGAAAGGGCAUCGACAUUGCCCUCUUUGAGCUGCUGCUGCGAUCGUGCCCCGAUCUCAGUGAGCUGGUGCUUCCCUGUGGCCUCGGCGAUCCGCAUCUGCUGCUGCUGAAAAAGUACCGCCCAAAACUGCUCCACAAGCUGUCGCUCUCCUGCUCGUGCGAUUGCAUGCGCCAGCUCGGCACCCACUGCAACACCAUCUCCACCGUGGUGGUGCGCUCGCUGCUCGAGGAGGUCUUUGUGGGCCGCUACGGCUCGAUCGUGGCUCUCCCCAAAGAACUCAUCUACAUGAGGACAGGCAAGCGCAUCCCGACGAUCCCCUGGCUCGAGAAGCUGCCGACGUCUCGGGUGUCCUUUGCCGACACCGACAGCUGCGAGUACCUCGGGAUCCUGGUCCAUGUGCCUGGCGGUCGCCUCCACGCAAUGACCUGGCAGGAGCCGGGCCAACAGCGGGCAAAGCAGGACGGCGACACCAGCAUCGAUGCCUUUGGCGAAAGCGGGCCCAAGCGCGGAUCAUGGCUGUGGGACUGGCUGGGAUAGUCUGGGAUAUUCUGGGAUAGCCUUGGAUAGUCUGGGAUCGCCAGGACCCCAUUUCACACAAUACAUUUUGACCACGACAAAAGCCCGUGCCGUGCCCUGGA